GCUGCGUCAGACUUGUACACAGUCAGGAUGACCCUUGCUGGCAAGAAGGCACGGAAAGGUGCGCGACAAGAUGGCGAAGCGGUGGAGGAAGCACCCGCUUUGAGUGCAUCUGCCACUGCUGCAAGGCAUCUACAGAGCCUCCGCCGGAAGUCUGAUGUCGAGCCUCCAAAGGAUCCUCCAAUGAAGCCGAGCAAGCCUAUUUCCAAAGAUUCCAAAGCCGAGGGACAGACGCAGUCCCCUGCUCCAAAGGUCACCAUGACACCGAAGUUGGAGCGCAUCCUCAGGAAUUCAAUGAUGAUGGUUUUGCUCAAGAACUUAUGCCUGUUCGUAAUGCUUGCUCCCAUUGCUUUUGGCGAGUGUCAGGAAGAGAGGCUAUGUCUGCCAGUUGUCAGCAUGCUAAUCUUAUUCAUUGAUCUCUCCGUGUGCACUGGGCACUUGAUGUUGGGUUUUUUCGAACCAACAUACAGGCAAGACUUCAUUAGCAACCACUUUUGGUUGAUGACAGUUCUCUGGUCCAUUUGGAACAUUCUGUCCCAUCCGUUUUGGAGGGACAACACAAUUGAUGUUUUUAUUGUUUACCCAGAAGAGUUGCACACUGUUUUGAACAUGGUUGCUGUCCUUGCUUUCUCCUUUACUCAGACGGUGCCCUCGUGGAGGCAUUUGGCUUGUUUGAUCAUUGGGGAAUUCUUCUUGAGCCUUGCUCUCUCAGCAGCCGAGGUUUCCAGCCGCAUGGUGGAAGCUCUCGACCCGACAGCGCUGGAUUCACCGACCGUGCGCUUUGAUCUGGUGAUUUUCAACAUUGCCAUCCUCAUCAUUGGAUCGACGAUGGCCUUGGGAUCCUUGGGAUCUGAGAAGGAUAUGCUGGAUAGCACCACGGAUGGCUUGUCUUUAGCGUCCACUCUCCGCUCUCAAGCUUUUGAGGAUGAUCUUGAGAGAAGAAAGCGUGCCGUCUUGACCGCUCUUUGUGAUACAGUCCUUACCACCAAUGCGCAAUUUGCUGUAAUCAUGAGCAAUGAGAGCGCAGAUAAGCUCUUCAAGAGGCCCAUGCUGCACGAAUUCUUCACGGACUACUUGAAAGAUAGCGCAGAGAAGGCAAAAUUUCUCUCCGCGAUGAAAAAGCAGUUUGCACAGGAUGACUCCCUGAGCGAUGGCCCAAAACGUUUGGUGGUCACACUCAGAGAUGUCAAGAACAAGCCUUUUGACGCGGAUGUAGUUGUCUCCGAUGCAAGCACUGACAUGAGGACUGGAAAGGUAUCGAAGGUCAUGGUUGGCAUGCACGUGCGACCAGAAUACAGAUCACAGGUCCUGGAGGCUGGCAAGCAGCGGCCGCGAUUGAGCAGCAAAGGUGUAGAUCCUCCUCAAACGAGCCAAGGGCCAAGCCGAGCAGGAGCAGGACCAGGAACCCAAAGUGUCAAUGGUGUGCGGCGCCUGUCGCGGGACGAUAAGCGAAGCGGACAGCCAGCUGCCAAAGGAGUUGAAGAGCAGCGGCAAAGUCAUCGCGAGUUCAGUAAGGAGCUCUUGUCAAUGUACAUAGACCUCCUGCGUAGCAGAUCUGCAGGCUCACGCCCUACCGAUUCCAAAGGUGGCACGGGCAAGGGCCAAAGUGCGCGCCCAGCAGCAGGAGUACCGAAAAUCCGCCUUCAUCGUUCCAAUUACGAGUCCUUUCGCCGUCGGGCAGCCUCCCAAAGUUCGACAUCGCCUAGUUGAUAAGUUAUUCAACAAAAA